GUCUGACUAAUAAUGGCGCUGUCCUGUGGCGUAAUUUUGGGGGACAAGGGCAAGUUGCUGUCAGUGUUGUUUUCAUAUGAUAGUCAAACAUGGCGAGGUUUUUAAGGCCUAACAUCAGGAGUUUUGUCACUUCACAGCUGAGAAUGUCAUCCGACCAGCUGGGUGAGCUCGGUAAAGGUGCAGGUAAAGGUGGUGGCGGUGGAGGGUCCAUCAGAGAGGCAGGUGGAGCCAUGGGGAAGAAGCAGGCCGCUGAGGAGGAGAUGUACUUCAAGCGUAAGGAGCAGGAGCAGCUGGCUGCAUUGAAGCAGCAUCACCAGGAGGAAAUUGACCACCACAAAAUGGAGAUUGAACGUCUGCAGCGCGAGAUUGACCGCCACAAGGGAAAGAUCAGGAAGCUGAAGCACGAUGACUGAGUGAAACCUUCAUAAAAAAAAGUUACAGUUUUCUCAACAAUUCUUCAGAUUGCUGAAUGGACCGUGUCAACGGGCCAGUCAUGAAUGUGUGGGUGAUUAUUCUGUAAAUGCUUGAAAGUUAUUAAAACGGUUCAUAAAAUGAUUAGUGUUUCCAUGGCAUGCUGUGACACAAGUUGUAAAACUUUUUCAUCACUGUUUUGUAGUAUGUCAGUGUGCUGUCUGUUGCAGGCAAAUGGCUGAAGUGUUAAAACUUAAAUAGCUUUAAUGCUUCAUAUGGGAACAUCAGCUUAUAAUCUUGUGUGAUGUAUAAAUAAACUUGUAAUGUAAAUGA